CAGCUUAUCGCUUCUUGGCCUGUUAGCUAAGAUCAAAGCGUAGUGUAGUAAAACAGCUUACAUAGGGGCGUCGCGUAGGGGCAUUUAUUUCAGGAGGAUUACAGCUUCAAAAUUUAAAUUAUGCACUGAGGCGUGUUAAUGAAAUUUGGAAGUAUAAAUUGCAUAAAAGAAGAAAUAACAAUGAACGUCGAAGUAGUCUCGUCGUUUUUCUCUCCCGAUAUACCCAGUUUGAUCAAAAAAGAAUCAAAUGAUUUGUAUAUAGAAUUUCUUGAAAUAACCGACGAACUAAAUGAGGCUCUCCUUGAAUUCAAAUUACCGCCAGCAGUGAAAUGUGUGUACAAUCCGUCUAUUUAUGCGAGAUAUACUUUCGAAAUGUAUGUGAGAAAAUAUUGUAAUACAAAGAAAAAGAUAAUGUUUUUCGGCAUGAAUCCCGGACCCUGGGGUAUGUCACAGACUGGGGUACCCUUUGGUGAAAUCAGUUCAGUAAGAGAUUGGCUAGGUAUAGACGGUCCAGUCAAUAGACCCCCACAAGAGAUAAGAGAACGCCCUGUAGAUGGUUUUAAUUGUAAAAGGACAGAGGUGAGCGGUAAACGAUUUUGGGGAUUAUUUAAAACACUAUGUGGAACACCAGAUAAAUUUUUUGAAACAAGUUUUGUAUACAAUUACAUUAACCAACAAUGGAUGAAGAGUAACGGUUGUAAUCUUACCCCUGGUGAUUUUAAGGUAUCAGAAAUGGAACCUUUGUAUAACAUUUGUGAUCCCAUUUUUGUGAAAAUGUUAAAAUUGUAUGAAGUGGAAAUUAUAGUUGCAAUAGGCAAGUUCUGUGAGACCAGAGCCCGGAAAGCAAUCAAGAAAUAUUUGCUUUCAAAUUCAAUCAAGAUACUUUACUUAUCGCAUCCAAGUCCUAGGAGUGUAAAUAAUAACAAUUGGGAAGAAAAAGCCUUGGGAGAAUUAAAAAGACAUGAUUUAAUAAAGUAUUUUAAUUAAUAUGAAUUAAGAAGUAAUAUUAUUAAUUAGUAG